AUGCUUGUUUAUUAUUCAAUUCAACAAUCUCAAAUGCGUAAUAAGUUAAAAUCAAAAUCAUUUUCCUCUCUCAUCCCAAAAUCAGAAUAUCAAUCAUUAAAUAUUAAACAAUACAAUAUAAAUAAAUGUCGAAAUGAAAAUAUUCAUUUAGAUUUUAUCAAUAUUUCAAACUCGAUGAAGGAUAUAAAUGAACGACAAAUAUGGAAUAACAAUUUGGAAACAGUAGAAAAUUUAUUAGAAGAAAAUGCGCAAUUUCGAAUAAAAUUAGAAUCAGAAGAAUCAAAACUAUUGCGUUUAAAAUAUCAAAUUGAAACAUUACUAAAUCGUAUCAAUUUUUUAGAAGAUGAAAUCGAUACAUACGAGCAAGAAACAAGUGAUUUAAGACAAAAAAAUCAAAUAAUAAUGACUAAAUAA